AUGUCAAGUCCUUGCGUCCUUGUCCUUCGCGGAGAAGGGGCGAAAGAGAGAGCUUUACUUCUCGAUGGAAGUGAAGUUGGAGGAAGGAAGCUCACUCUUUCGCCAAUUGAGCAGCCUACUGAUGGGAUGACUACAUCCGCUCGAGCUGCAAAGUACGUUGCAGACUUCCAAAGGAGCAGAAGCGAAGCCAUAUCCGUUACGGGAUAUGACCCUUCUCUUCCUCAAGAAGAUCUCAAGAGUGCUCUGAGGAAGCACUUCGCUUCCUGUGGCGAAAUCACGGACAUCCUCAUCCUCGACAGCCGCGCCCUCGUCCACCUUUAUGGGCUAGGCUCCGUGCACCGAGCUGUCCAGUUGCAUGGAACCAUCCUCGGAGGGUUCAAGUUGACCGUCGCGCGCGAAGCCUGA